AUGGUUGAGCCUAACCAAGUAGGUGAUGCCGACUUGGCCUCUAAAUCUAUUCCACGGAGAAAACCACCCAAACAACGACAUAACCGACCUGUAACUCAUGCUCUCGACGAAGAUGUAGAGAAGGAAAAAAUUGUUGGUACGCUAAGCACGCAAAAACAGGCAGUCGUUUCCAAGGCGUCUGAUGAUGAAUCGAACUUUGAGGAUGCGCUGGAAGGGGAGUCUUCGGCCAGCGAGGCUCAACUCCAACCGAUUCCUGAACGGCAACGUCAGAUUAUUCGGAAUAAACAAUUUCGUAACGAGGACGAGGAUCGCGACGUGGCCGAGGGUGAAGAUGUCCCCGUCGCUGCUGAACGCCAGAGACUGAGACGAGGCCGACGCGGCCAGCAAACGUUCAUUCAGUCAAACACGAUUGAAAAUGCUGGGAGAACAGUCGGACAGUCCAGCGAAUUGGUGCUCAAUAGAACUGACGGCGUGGUGGGAACGAUUACGGAUACGAGUGGACGAGUUCUCGGGAGGCCGUCAGAGAAAAAUGAACAGCUAAAGAAGGAGGAUGAUGAACAGUUGAGAUUGCGGUUGGAUCUGAACCUGGACUUGGAGGUUCAGCUGAAAGCGAAGAUCUCCGGAGAUCUGACGCUCACAUUAUUGUUAGUAUCUGCCCCUGCUCACAAUGAGUUCGGAUAUUCAUUGCUGACUGAGUAA